AUGACACUAGUUCCACAUCCUCGUCCCACCCCAUUUCGAAUAUUGCACUCCCGCAAGAUCCUCGUAAUCCUCCUGCGGAGGGUGCCGUUCUUCCUCCAGAUUCUGAGAUUUGUGUCUGUGGUAACGAUGAGAAACAUCAUGAGCCUGCAGGAGGACCCAAUCGUCCUGAGGCUGGGAACUCUUCGGGGUUUAAUCAUGGUUCCAUCGCGGGUGCAGCAGGUGCAGUAG